CCAAUCAGCUGGUAAUUUGUGGACCCGCCAUCUGACUCUUUCCGUUGUUGUAGUUUGUGCUUGCUAUCAAUGUAUUUCUGAUUUGAAUUACGAUUAUCUGCUGUGUUUAUUUGUAUUUAAACAAGUUAUCGAAUUCGUCAUAGUUCGUGUGAAACAAUUUCUGAAAAAAUCUAGUUCAAAUUAACCUCUAAAGUUAGCAUCGAAGGAAAUAUUUUGUGUCGCCAUUUUGACCAUUACUUUUGUUUGGAUUUAUUUCACAAAUAUAACUCUAAUUAUUUAACGUAAAUGGAUGUGCCAUGCUGUCCUGAGAGAUACCAAAAAUAUGUCUCAGAAAAAUAGUACUCUAAAUUUGGUUAUUCAUGACGUGAAUGGUCAGCCUCGAAUGGUUAAAGUAGUACAAAACUCAAAUAAUAAUCAGUCUGCUGCCCAGGUUAAAAUCAAAUCUAAAGCAUUGAAAAUCAUAAAACUGCCAGCUACCUCCACAGAAGGGAAUAAUCAGGUUCCUGUGUAUAAAACUGUAAAAUUGAACAGCAUUAAAUGCUCUCCAAAGUUAGUGCCACUGCCAUAUAAUACAUUGGAAAACAUCAAGAAGCAAAUUGCAAUCAUACCAAAAAUAGAUCCUACUGAGACACCCAAAGUUCAGAUAAAGCAAGAGCCACAGGAGCUGACUGAGGCAGUAGCAGACUUUGUGCCAGCCCGCCAGCCCCGGCACACUGCCACCAGCACCAGUGCCGGACCCCGCCCAGACAUGUCCUACACGGCACGGAGAAGACAGAACACUGACAAUGAUCCACCAGCUGAGUAUACUACCAAAAGACGUAAGCAUGCUGACAAAGUUGGUAAAGGACUGCGACAUUUCUCAAUGAAAGUAUGUGAAAAAGUGAGGACAAAAGGUUUCACAUCUUACAAUGAAGUGGCAGAUGAGUUGGUUGCAGAAUUUGCAGCUGGGAUUCAUGGCUCUGCUGACAGCCAGCAAUAUGAUCAAAAAAACAUCCGACGCAGAGUAUAUGAUGCACUGAAUGUACUAAUGGCGAUGAAUAUAAUUUCCAAAGAGAAGAAAGAAAUAAGGUGGUUAGGACUACCCACUAACUCCAUACAAGAAUGUACGACGUUAGAAAAGGAAAAACAAAACAAACUGGAACGAAUUCAGAAAAAAACACAACAAUUGCAGGAACUUAUUUUGCAGCAUAUAUCAUUCAAAAGCUUAAUAGAAAGGAACAAGGACGCAGAAAGCAAGGGGCUGAAGCCCUCGCCCUCCUCGGCAAUCCAUUUACCAUUUAUUGUUGUGAACACCAGUGACAAGGCCUUGAUAGACUGUAGUAUAUCGAAUGACAAGACAGAGUAUAUGUUUAACUUUAACAAGAAAUUUCAAAUACAUGACGAUAUUGAUAUAUUGAAAAGAAUGGGACUGCUUUUUGGUUUGGAAAAGGGUAAAUGCUCAACAGAAGAAAUCGAAAAAGCGAAAAGUAUGGUGCCCAAAUCUUUAGAGCAUUACGUGGAAUGUAUGGGCAGAGGUAUAACUGCAAAUAUGGCUGACUUGUUAGAAGAUGCGGACGAAGACGCCGACGUCGAGAACGACGAUGAAGAUGAAGAUGACGAGGAAGUGGAGGCUGACGGGGAGCCGGAAGCGGAAGGCGAGGCCGACGGCGACGAGCCAGAGGAGCCGGAAGUGGAUGCCAGCGACGACGACAGCAAUGACGUCUACGUCUAGCACACACACGCCGCGCCUGCCGAGCGCUUCGAAAGAAUAAUUUUAGAUAUAAAAUUUAUGUGCAGCACAUUCUUACUAAGCUUGUAUUUAGUUAAACCAAGCUCUUUGCCAUCCUUGUCAAUGAAGUAUUGUUAAAACCACCUCAACACCAUCCGUAGGCGAGAAUCAUUGCUGCCAGACUAACUGCGCUGUGCGCCGGCCGCCUCUUUAGAUUUCCGCCACAUGCAUCUUUGCAACAGACCCUUUUUUAUUUAAUUUACAUGAACAGCAUUUUAUAUUUAUGGAUUUCUGUAUAUUUUUUUAGAUAUGUAAAUCAUGAAAAGGGUAGCAUAUGGCACCUUUCAUAAGCUUAGUAAAGAUGUGAAUUUAGAUGUUGCUGAAGCUAUGUUUAAUUAUUAAGGUGUGAGGUACCGAAAUGGUAGCAUACAAUACAUUUUGAAGGUAUGUUGAAUUUACCUUAUUCGGGUACUCUAUUUGAACUUAUCCUUUUUGUAUAAUUUGUGAAAAAAAUAUGAUUCAGUACAAUAAAAAUACCUAAGCGAAAUACUGUGGCUGAUCUCAAGACUUCAUGUAUGUAUUAGUUUCAUAAAGUUAACACACGAGAGUUAGUGGUCCAUUUCAAGUUACUGUUGCACUUCCUUGUUUUACUUAUUAUUUUUGUUAUAAAAUGUGCACAAGAGCAUAAUUUUUAUUAAGUACUAUACAUGUAUGUGUGUAAAGAAACAAAAUUUACUAUUAUUUUGUCUUGUGUUUAAUUAUAGUAAAUCAUUAUUUUGCAAUUAAGUUUUGAAUAAGGAAGAAUAAUUUGAAACAAAUAAAUUUGAUAAAAAUA